AUGGCGCUGCUGGCCUGUCUGGUGCCCCUGUGCUGCUUGGCACUUCUGGCGCUGCCGGCCCAGAGCUGCGGGCCCGGCCGGGGGCCGGUUGGCCGGCGCCGCUACGUGCGCAAGCAGCUCGUGCCGCUGCUCUACAAGCAAUUUGUGCCCAGCGUGCCCGAGCGGACCCUGGGCGCCAGUGGGCCGGCCGAGGGGAGGGUGGCAAGGGGCUCAGAGCGCUUCCGGGACCUCGUGCCCAACUACAACCCCGACAUCAUCUUCAAGGAUGAGGAGAACAGCGGCGCCGACCGCCUGAUGACGGAGCGUUGUAAGGAGCGGGUGAACGCACUGGCCAUUGCCGUCAUGAACAUGUGGCCUGGAGUGCGCCUACGAGUGACCGAGGGCUGGGACGAGGACGGCCACCAUGCUCAAGACUCACUCCACUACGAAGGCCGUGCCUUGGACAUCACUACGUCCGACCGCGACCGCAAUAAGUAUGGGUUGCUGGCGCGCCUGGCAGUGGAAGCCGGCUUCGACUGGGUCUACUACGAGUCCCGCAACCACGUCCACGUGUCGGUCAAAGCUGAUAAUUCACUGGCGGUCCGGGCGGGCGGCUGCUUUCCGGGAAAUGCCACAGUGCGCCUGCGGAGCGGCGAGCGGAAGGGGCUUCGAGAACUGCACCGCGGGGACUGGGUGCUGGCGGCAGAUGCGGCAGGCCGGGUGGUGCCCACGCCUGUGUUGCUCUUCCUGGACCGGGACUUGCAGCGCCGGGCCUCGUUCGUGGCUGUGGAGACCGAGCGGCCCCCGCGCAAACUGUUGCUCACCCCCUGGCACCUGGUGUUCGCCGCUCGAGGGCCAGCCCCCGCGCCAGGCGACUUUGCGCCGGUGUUUGCGCGCCGGCUACGCGCUGGGGAUUCGGUGCUGGCGCCCGGUGGUGACGCGCUUCGGCCGGCUCGCGUGGCCCGCGUGGCGCGGGAGGAAGCCGUGGGCGUGUUCGCGCCUCUGACAGCGCACGGGACGCUGCUAGUCAACGACGUCCUGGCCUCGUGCUACGCUGUUCUGGAGAGUCACCAGUGGGCGCACCGCGCCUUUGCUCCUUUGCGCCUGCUGCACGCGCUGGGGGCACUGCUCCCGGGCGGGGCGGUCCAGCCCACUGGCAUGCACUGGUACUCUCGGCUCCUGUAUCGCUUGGCGGAGGAGCUGCUGGGCUGA